CACGACAUGAGCGUACCGUUGCUCCUCGCACAACACAACUUUUCGUCGGCUCUACACGCGCACUCGCCGCUCCUCGUCCUCUACCUGGCCGCCGGCUCGCUCCCGCCAGAGCCGCCAGGCGCUUUGGCGGCCGCGGCGCAGCUCCUGGGCCAUGGCAGCGGGGCCGUGGCGCUGUGCGACGACGAGGUGCUCGCAAGCUCCGCGGGCGUCGUUGCACUGCCAGCGCUGCGGCUGCACCACCACGCCGUGGACGGCGCGGAGGUGUACAAGGGCAACUUUGUCGCGUGGGAGAUGGCGGCAUUUGUGAGGCGGCACGCGCGAAGCGAGCCGCAGGAGGUCAACACCGGGCGCGAGCUGGCGGCGGAGGCGGAGGCCGCGGAGGGCGGCGCGCUCGUCCUCUUCUCGUCCGACUCGUCCGAUGCGCCCGCAGCGCGCCGCGCUCUCGCCGCGCUCGCUGCGGACGGUGCUCUGCGCCGAACCGGCUUCAUUGUUGCUCCCGCGGGUCUCUUCUCGAGGUGGUGCCCGCCGCCGCUCGACAGCGAUGCGGGCCCGUGCGAGCCGACGGCGGAGGACGAGCGCCUGCACGCCGCCGCCUCCCUCCCGCCCACGCGCGCCGGCCCACGGCCCUCGCCCUCCUCCGCACGCGUCGUGCUGCUGCGGAGGGGCGAGGCUGUCGGGUUCGAGGGAGACGUGCGAGACGAGGCGCAGCUCCGCGCCUUCCUCCGGCGGCACCACACGCCCCUCCUCGCAGAGGUGUCGCCCUCAACCUACGAGCUGUACCGCGCGUCUCUCUCCGCACCAGCCAGGGGCGAGACCGCCGGCGGCCAGGAGACCGGCGGCGAGGAGGGCGGGGCGGAGGGUGGCGGGGCGGAGGGUGGCGGGGCGGAGGGUGGCGGGGCGCCCGAGGUCGGGCUUCCGAUGGUGUGGCUAUUGCUGAAUGCCUCUUCGGCCGACGCGCUGCAGGCGUCGCACACUGCGAGGGCGGCUCACACUGCUGUGGCUCAUUCGCAGUCCUGCCUGCUUUGCGAUCAGGCGGCGCACACUGCGCGGGCAUUCUGCCAAGCAGGCGCCUACCACGGCGAGCUCUACGCGCCGGUGAUGCAGUGGGCCCGCUCGGUCGCCGCCGGCUCGCUGCCGCCGACGCUCCGGUCCGAGGAGCCUCCGCUCGACAACCUGGGCCCUGUGGUGCGGCUGGUCGGCAGCACGCUCGAGCCGCUCGCGCUUCGCUCCGCGGCGGACGUGCUGUUGUGCGUGCACGCGCCGUGGGACGAGGUUGCAUCGAGCCGAGACCGAGCCAGAGAUCUGGCGGAGGUGGACGUGCUGCCCGAGCUCGAGGUGUUCGCCCGCCUCUGGGCGCACGAGCGGCGCGUGCGGGUCGCAUCGAUCGACGUGUCUCGCAAUGACUUGCCGCGCCGCCUCCGCCUCGAGCGCACGCCCGCCCUCCUCUUCUUCCGCGGCGACGAGCCCGCGUCGGCGGCUCCGCGAGACUUCUCCGCCGUCGCGUCGCGCGACGCCCUGAUGGAGCACGUGCUCGAGCACACCUCGAUCAAGGGCCUCGAGCGACCCGUCGACACCGAGCAGCUGCGCGAGCUUGUCGGUGCGUUGCCGAGGCUCGCGGCCGACGCGCAGCGGUUGCUGCAGGAGAACGAGCGCCUCUCCGCGGAGCUGGACAAGGCCAGGGCGCGCCUCGACGCGCACGCGGGUGGCCCCUCGGCGGGCUCCUAGAGCCAUCUAUGGGGGGUCUGGGGAGCGUUCAAACGGCGAGGCAGUCGUCGGCGCAUGAGACUGAGCAGGCGCCCGUGCGCCGCCGCCAAGUCUCGCCGUCGGCGUUCCUGGACUUUGAGGACACCCGUCCCGCUCCCCGGGGAGCGUGGAGCGCGCGCAGCCCGCAGUUGCGAGCUGAGCAUCGAGCAAGCAGCCGCAUUGUGAUUUGUGUCAGUCGACAGUCUGGAGUCCCAGUGAACUCUUUCAACAAUUUCUUGGGAUC